UCUCUUUCUAUACAAAGUAAUCAUAAAUAAAGUGGAAAAUAUUGUUCAAAGAAAAGAUAUUAUUAAUCGUAUUGAUUUGGCGGGAAAAAUCUGAAAAAUCUUGUAUAUUAUUUGAAGUUAGAUAUCAUUCUUUUGACGUCAUAGAACCUUAGAAACAUUACGUACAAUAAUUUAUAUUUAAUUACUUAUCAUAAUGACGUCAGAAGAUGAUGCUUGGAUUCAAACUCUUAUCACGGUAACUCCAGAAGAGGAUGCAACAUUAAGAAAAAUUGCUGAUACAACGAUAGUAUCAUCAACACCGGAUGUAAACUUAGUCCUUGAUCCUGAUGAAAUCGUAUUGAGACGACCGCUUAGACAAUUUGUAGAUACUAAAGAAGCAAAAGAUGAGGAACCAGAAGAGCCAGAAGACUUAGAACAGCCAGAAGAGCUAGAACAGGCAGAAGAGCUAGAACAGGCAGAAGAGCUAGAACAAGCAGAAGAGCUAGAACAACCAGAAGAGCUAGAACAGCCAGAAGAGCUAGAACAGCCAGAAGAGCUAGAACAGCCAGAAGAGCUAGAACAGCCAGAAAAGACAGAACAACCAGAAGAAAAACCCAAAGAAGAUGCAGAAGUUCAAACAUAUUUACAGGGAAUACCAGUCGUACAUAUUUCUAUUGAAUACCGAGAUGAAGCCUCACAAACGAUGUAUAUGCAUCCACCAUACCCACCUUUACAAUAUUUUAGAGAUAUCAUGACAUCUAUGAAAGAGGGUCCCAUGCCCGAUUUAAAGAGGAGCAACGUAGCUGCAACUAUUAUUAGCUUCCAUCCCGAAACACCGCAAGAUGUUGUGAUCGAUCAACUAUCCGCAGACGUCACGGACGAAGAACGUGAAGAAUUCGUUUCUAAACUUAGCGACGAAGAAGAAAGAGACAUGGAUAUCACUGAAAUAUUACAUUUUAUAUUAAUACGUGUAUUUUGGAUAGAUGAUCCGACCAGUCAAAUACAAGCUGAGACUGCGGAUAAAACUGUGCAAACUUAUAUUAAAUAUAAUAAUCGCACGAAAAUCUUCGUCAUAGAUAAUCAAGUACAAACUGAUUUGAGUUGCGAACCGAAAGAAUCUAAUACGAUGCUUUUAUCGGAUUAUUGGGAAACAAAAAAUAUGAUAUUGAAUUACUUGGAAGAUUGUAUUAAUAAAGGAAUUGAAGUUAGAAUUAUAGUAGAUGAUAUAAUAGAUGAAAUUAUCGAUAAAUGUGCCGAAAGAAUUAGAUAUCCCAUGAAAGAACAAAGCAUACAAACUAUAGCUACAUACAAAUUAGACAAAACAGAAAAAGAUGUAUUGAAAAAAUUAAAACUCGAUAUGAUUGUAGAUCCUUUAGAAGCAUCGAUUAUUGUCCUACCUUUGAUAGAUGAUUUGUUGCAGAUAGUUUGCGUUAAUGUAUCUAAAAAUGCCGCUAAAAAUGUUAAGAUCAUUUUAAAUAGAAUUCUACAACGAACGACAAAUAUAAUAACAAAACUUAUGGAACUAGAAAAACAAGCACAGCGCAAGCCAAUAGAUCAAGUAUUAGCUAAAAGAAAGAAGAAAAUUCUUGAAUUGUUGUCGAAGAAAGAAACAGAAACAAUUGCUACACAAACGAGUAUAGCAGCAAUUUCUGAAGUCAAAAAAAUUAUAAAAUCGAAAGAAGUUUUAUGUUCCGUCUGUAGAAGACAGUCAAUGUGUCAAUAUUGUACGAAUAGUCAAAAAAUUGAAGGUGCUCCACAAGAAGAGUUUAAGAUUCUUCGAACGCAAGAUAUAUUGCUAGCAUAUAAACCCUGUUAUAUUAUGACCAAAAUAUCCCAAGAAGACGAAAGCCUUGAAAUCACUUGUCCAGAAAAAAGUUUGAAAUCUUCUUCAAAACUUCAAGUUUCUUCCUCGAUGGAUACAAAAGAAUCUCGUCAUACAAUUUGUGUAUUUUUACAAUCUGGUAAACUUGAACCUCGAGAAUCAUUUAACGAAUGGUCUUACGUAACUGAAGCUACGAUAAUGAAACCAUGUUCCAUAAAAGAAUCCACGAAUAGUUCAAGUCAAACAACUGUAAGUUCGCUAGAUCCAUCAUUUCAGCCAGUUUUGUGUAGCACCCAUAGUACAUUAACUUCCCAAGCAGCAAAUGCUUUGCAAAUAUUAAAAAAUACAUUUUGUACCCGAGAAACUUGUAUUAUUUCUUCGCAACAAACUUCGCUUAUGGAGAAUGAAAAAGUUUAUAGUUGCAGUAAAUCAAGUUGCAAUGCAUGUUUAACUAUAAAUAACACAAGCUGUACACAACAAACGUGUAAAGCUUUCUCAAAAUUACAUUUACCUAAUACAAAUACGUGUAACAUUCAAUGUCCUAUGAAAUCACAUGGAGAUGGUUUUAAAAUUAUUCCUAUACAUCUUUCUAAAGAUUCUUCUAUUUGCAAUUAAUAUACAAAUUAAAAUAUUAUUUUACAUAUAUUUGUAAUUAUAAUUAAAUGUAUACGUUACAAUAAUUAAUACAUUCUUAAGAUAUUUAUUUGACAGAAAUAAAUGCAUAUACACUGUUUAAGUAUUCUCAGCCAAGCUAUCUAUGUGUCGUAAACAUAAACAUUCAUAUUAUAUAAUACAUUCGUGAUAUUACAUUCAUUUAUUAUAUACGCCUCGCAUAAAAAUAAUUAUAUAAAUUAUAUACAUACAUAAUUAUAUUUCGUACAUAAUUCUUAAAUUAAUUACAAUGAAACAUGUAUAAAAAUAUAUUUAUGAAAUUUCUCUCAUAUUGUAGUUUAUAAAGCUUAUGUAAAUAAAACAUUAUAAAAAUAUA